AUGGUUACAAAACUGAAAAGAAUCCUACUCGAAAAGAUUUUAAGCCCUUCUGGAUUAGAUAAAAAUGGAAAUAUUAAAAAUCUUAAACAUAUGCACAUUUCAUACAAGCAUAAAGAAAAUAUAUAUAUUGUAAAUUUAUCAAGCAACGGUUUUCAAAAAUUAGGUAAAGAUAAUAUAAACUACAAAAGCAACAAUUAUGAACAGAUUACAGUGGAUGUAAAUAGAAAUGUUUUUGUCAAAAGUGUCUUGGAGAACAUAAAACAUGCACCAGUGUCUAAUGUCAAACCAAAGAAAAUUGUCAUUGAUUUUAGCUCACCAAAUAUUGCAAAGCCGUUUCAUGUGGGUCAUUUAAGGUCCACGAUAAUUGGUAAUUUCAUUGCAAAUAUCAACAAAUAUUUUCACAAUGAUGUUGUAAAAUUGAAUUAUUUAGGUGACUGGGGCACACAAUUUGGUCUACUACAGUAUGGGAUGAAACAAAAUAACAUUACUAUUGAUGAUCUCUCCAAUAACCCUAUUAAAAAUUUGUACGAAGUAUAUGUACAUGCAAAUAAAUUGGCCGCUGUCAAUGAUAAUGUACAAAAUGAGGCUAAAAGGUUCUUCUCUGAUAUAGAGCAUGGGAGAGCUAAUUUAGAAAAUUGGAGAAAAAUUCGUGAAUUAACCGUUCAAGAAUUGGAAAAAAUUUACCAGAGGUUGGGUAUCAAAUUUGAUGAUUAUCACUGGGAAUCUGAUUACAACGGUGGCGCAAUAAAGGGGUUAUUGGAAACGUUAGAGAAACAGAACGUAAUAACAACUGAUGUAUCAGGAAAGAAAGUAGCCAAGUUUAAUAAUAAAAAUAUUACAGUCUUAAAGAGUGAUAAUACCACAUUAUAUCUAUCUCGAGAUAUUGCUGCACUUUUAGAUAGGUAUAAAAAAUAUAAAUUUGAUAAGAUGCUUUAUGUCGUGGACAAUGCUCAAACAGAUCACUUUGCUGCAGUUUUUGAUAUUGUUGGAAAACUUGAUAAGCAAUGUAAAGAAGCCUGUGAACAUAUCAAAUUCGGUAGAAUUAAGGGUAUGAGCACGAGAAGUGGCAAUGUUGUAUUUCUUAAUGAUAUACUAGAUGAAGCAAAGCAAAAAAUGUUUGAUAAGCAACGGGAAUCGAAAAAUACCAGAGCCUCAGCUAUAAACGAAGAAACAUGCGAUAUACUUGGCACAACAGCCGUAGUUAUAAAUGACUUAAAACAGCGGAGACAAAAGGACUAUGUAUUUGAUUGGGACCGAGCAUUACAAAGUGAAGGAGAUAGUGGAAUAAAAUUACAGUACCUUCACUGCAGACUUUGGAGCUUAGAAAAAAAUUCUGGUGUAACAAUUCCUACAAAUUGUGAACCAGAAUUACUGACUGAAGAAAUAAUAGGUGAAGUUGUAGCAGAAUUAGCAAGAUUUGAAGAAAUUUUGAGCAGGGCAAUGAUAGAAAAUGAAGCUUGCAUCAUUGUUAAUUAUUUAUUCCGAGUAGCUAGACAUGUAAAUAGAAUGUUCAAUGAACUCAAAGUCAAGAAUGUGGAGACAGAUUUUGGGUCUCAAAGGCUGUUAGUGUUUCAUUCAGCGAGACUUGUAAUCAAAACAGCCUUGGAAAUUGUAGGAGUUACACCUUUGUAUGAAAUGUAGUUAUAUAAAUAUUUAUUUAUAAUUGUUAUUUUAUGAAGAAAAGUUUGUUUUUAAAAUAAAAAAUGUACUAAAAAGCAUUUUUAAAUGGUAACCCUUCUGAAUGAAUUUUCAAAUGUGGUUAACUUUUUUACAUAAAUACUUUUGUUAAAACUAAAUAACAUUUGAGCUCCUAUUAGUUUCAAGUUGUUAAUAAAAAAAAACAAAAAAGCAAUAUUUUGUAUAUUCAUUACAGAAUUAUAGCCUUGAAAAAGCUAGUAUUAAAAAUUAUUUUGUUUAUUAAUUAAAUAACUAUGAGACUUGGUAACUAAUUAA